GACGGCCCCUUUAAGGGUUAUGUAGAGAGAAAGGCUGAUGUAGGACAACUCCUCCGUGUGCGCUGCGCUCUGUCGCGCUGCCAUACUCACCAUGGCCUCCAAACAGCCGCCGCUGCAACCGAGAAUGAGCACGAGCAGACGAGCGGUUGGCCCUUUCCUUCCCCGCGCGGAGACGAACAACGUUAAGCCGAAACAGAGGCACCGGUAGAGGGGUGCGCGCCGGGGGAUCAAGCCUCCGAGCUCAUGCCACCCCGGUCUCCUCGAUGUCUUCGUCAAAAGCCACUUACAGCCAUUUCACAAAGAGGGGUGCGAACCCGGGCGGCGGCAGAGCCGGCGGCAGAAACAUGAACACGAAUAAGGAUUAUUCUGUCAAUCUAUCCGUGCAGCAAGUGCUGAGCCUCUGGGUGCAAGGCACGACGCUGCAACAUUUCACAGAGAUGUGGUACUGGGUGUUCCUGUGGAGUCUGUUCUCCUCGCUCUUCGUCCACGGGGCGAUGGGCCUGCUCAUGGUAGUCAUGUUGCAGCGCCACAAGAGGGGUCGCCUCAUCACCCUGGUCCUGGUCAGUGUGGGCUUCCUGGCCUCCCUGGCCGGUGGAGUCAUCACCAGUGCAGCGGUGGCAGGGGUGUACCGUGUGGCAGGGAAGGACAUGGCCCCCCUCCAGGCCCUGGUGUUUGGAGUGGGCCAGACCACACUCUCUGUAGUCAUCUCCUUCUCACGUAUACUGGCCACUCUCUGAAGAGAUGACUCUGCUACACGGACAGACUCACUGACGGACAGACACACAGGAGAGGAGAGAGGAAAGAGGAAGGGAGCGACUUGGCACGUGAUAGACCGGGGUUCACAUCCCACCAGUUACACAAGCAGUGACGGACAGCAACAAAGCCAAUAGGUGGCAGUUAACUGCACAUAGUAUUUGAAGGAAAACAAAUAGAGUCAAAUA